AUGAGCUUGACGACGGUGCAUUUGGUCUACAUCCAUGGAUUCCAAGGAAACGACACAACCUUCCAGUCCUUUCCAACACAUUUGCAGGAGCACGUUGCUGCCCGCGUUCCCGCCCAUUUGAAAGUCAAGAUCAUCAGCAGGAUAUACCCUACGUACAAAAGCGUCAAGCCCAUCUCCCAUGCAACGAAGAACUUUCUUGAAUGGCUUUCCACUCAGCCCCCUGGCCCCGUCAUCCUCUUGGGGCAUUCGAUGGGUGGGCUUUUGGCUGCGGAAGCGGCCACCCAUCCUUCGAAUAACCCAGGGGAGCAUCCAGGCGCAAAGCCCCGCCGCAUUAUGGGCAUGAUCGCCUUCGAUUGCCCGUACCUAGGCAUGCAUCCCCACGUUAUAAUUAGUGGCAUUUCUUCUCUACUGCCUGGUGACAAGGAUGACGAGAAGGCGUCAGAGGUGGAGAUGAACAACAUGGACAAAGUGAACAUGGUGGACGCGAAGGUCACGGACGACUGGGAGGGCUUCAAACGGAAGCUUGAUGUCAGUACGACAUCUCUAUCUUCGUCACAUUCGAGCAUAUCGCAGUCGUCCCGUUCUCCGUCCCCUGGGCUUCUAGACCGUGCUCUCGACUACGUUUCCGCGCGCUCAGAUGAUCCUAUCGUUCGUUGGGUUCGUAAACAUCGAGAUGAACCAUUGAAAGCUGGAAAACGAUGGAUCGUCGAGCGCUUCCAAUUCGGAAUCUGCAUGUUUGAUCCACCGGGCCUUCGAGAGCGGUAUGCGAAUUUGGUGGGCUGGAAAGGGGGUCUCUGGGUAAACUAUUGGACCCAAACUCGACCCAAAUCCCCCAGGCUAUCGGACAGUGAGGAUGACGUUGCGGAGAACGAUGCAGUGUUGCUGGAAACUGGCGUAGUGCACGCGCCGCCUGACAAGAAGAAAAAGGAUAGCAAGAAGAAAGAGAAGAAACCCAAACCAGGGAAACAUUUUAUCGUAUUGCCUACUGGACUGGGCAAACUCCUUGGAGGCGACAGCAAUUGGGAGAGGGUAUUGAUUGAGGGGGUGAAUGACGAGGUUGCUGCACAUACUGGAUUGUUUAUCCCUAGGCAGAAUUUAGAUUAUCAGGGGCUCGUGGAGAGGACGGGGACAAAAGUCCUCAACUGGUGCGAGAAGAUACAUAACCGAGCGCCGUAG